UUGUAGAAAAUAUCUUUUAUUAUGUGGUUUAUUAGUAGCAUACGUAAACGUGGUGACUAAAUAAGAUAUCAUUAGCUACGGCUACGGCUGUAUGUAGCUAUUUACGCUUUUGCAUUGCGUGCGUGAUAGAGUAAGUUUAACAGUUGGUGAGAAAUUGAGAAAGUUGAAUGAAAUGUUACUGUUAAAUUUCUUAAAUAAAAUUUUCUAAUAUCAUGGACGGAAUUUGCGAGCUAUUCUUUCCCAUCGGAUAUCUGGUUGAACUAUUGUAGUCAUUUAAACUUUGAUAAGACACAAUGCACAGGCAGAUCAGGUGUCUGUGCACCAGUGUGAGGUUGCACUCACAGAUGGGGAGGAUCGUUAACAAAGUCUUUAAUUCGGAUUUAACAAAAAAAAGCCGCAAUAAUAAAGCGUACAAGCCCUCUGUUGAAACAUUUCCAAGUCUUUUCAAUAAGGCACAAACUCACAAAUCCAGAAGAACAACAGUGUUAAACAAAAUUUUGAUGAGACAUAUAACCGAUUUAAUGGCAACAGGGGAAGUUGCUCCAACUUUGUUGGGCAGAGGAAUAGAAGUAACUCAUGUCGAUGUUGCUUCUGACUUUAGUGUGGUCAAUGUAUAUUGGAUUGCUCAGAAUAAUAAUGAUGCAAACGUUACAACGGAUCAAGUUCUAAAAGUAGCCGCUGGUCAUUUGCAGCACGAAUUGUCCCAGCUGAGAGUUAUUGGUCAAGUGCCUCCCGUGAAUUUUGUGAGAAAUAAAAUUUACAACACAAUUAAAGAAGUCGAGGAUAGAUUAAAAACAGUAGAUUUCGGGGAAGAUUUUGAGCCAACAGCUCAUAUUAUACCAGAGGAUAGAACACCUAUCCUCAAAACUACCUUGUCUGAAAAAGUAAAACAACAGAUUGAAGAAUUAAUGAAGCAACAAAAUAGUACUGACGAUGCCCAAGAAAAUGAAGAGACAGAGGAAGAAGAUGAUAAUGCUCUCGAGAUUCAGGUUCCAGAAAUGAGACAGAACGUUAUGGGCUUUGAUCAUAGUUACGUUUUGGCAAAGGUCAAAACUUCUCUGGGCAAAAUUAAAAUUGCUGAAGAAAGAAAAAAAUUGAAUUUGCCAGAAUUUCCACAAGGCAGCCAAGUGCCUAAAACAGAGUCUUCAAACGAAGUAACCGACUUUUUAGCCUCCAGUAACGGAGAUCUGAAAAUCGAAAAGUUUAUAAAGAAGCGCUUGUCAGAUGAAAAACGCAAACUUAAAGCUUUACCUUAUGAGGCAAAGUUGGAAGCAGAAAUUGAGUGGAUCGAAAAAAUGGGAAAUAAAAACACGAGUGAUUAUUACGUCGACGACGUAUGGGAGGAUGAUUAUCGCAGUAAGAGUAAUAAUAAGUAA